UUCAAGAACAUAUGAUUCUGUGUUAUCACUGCAUAUUAUCUGUAUUUUGAUAUGAUGACAUUUGUGACAGACCUGACAGAAGAUUUGCGAUUUGUUGCAUAAUUCCGCUUUUCGAUAAAUUUAUCAGGCAAUUGUUUGCCGGUAUCUUAUAAAAUUUUAACUUGGCAUUUGGGUAUCGAUUGCUUUUAAAAAUGUUUGCUACACGCAGGAUUGGAACCGUUAUUGUGGGAGCCGCACGUCAGAAGCACACUCUUCCAGAGCUGCCGUAUGAAUACAGUGCCUUGGAGCCGGUGGUCAGCCGGGAGAUCAUGAGCUUGCACCACAGCAAGCACCAUGCUACCUACAUCAACAACUUGAAUGCCGCCGAGGAGAAACUGGCUCAAGCUCAGACUAAAGGUGACAUCAGCACAGUCAUCAGUCUGGCACCAGCCCUCAGGUUCAAUGGAGGUGGUCACAUCAACCACACCAUUUUCUGGCAGAACCUCUCACCAAACGGUGGGAAACCAUCCGCCAAACUCACCCAGGCUGUUGAAAAGGACUUUGGUUCAUGGGACAAUAUGAAGAACCAGCUGGCGGCGUCGUCAGUCGCCGUGCAGGGCUCCGGCUGGGGCUGGCUCGGUUACAACAAACAGACCAAGAAGCUGCAGAUUGCCACUUGCCAGAACCAGGACCCGCUCCAAGCUACCACUGGUCUGAUUCCCCUGUUCGGCAUUGACGUUUGGGAGCACGCCUACUACCUGCAAUACAAAAACGUACGAGCUGACUACGUGAAGGCCAUAUUCGAUGUCGCCAACUGGAAUGAUGUCUCUUCGAGAUACGAGAAGGCUCUGUAGAGUGUAGAAAUUGAAUAUCUGAUUCUGGCUGAGGUCAUAUAGAUGUAAAGCUUUAAAUUAUGUUCUCACUUGGUGAAACCCUGCAUUGUUAGAUGUAUGUAUUGCUAAAAUAAGUUUUAAAAAUAUUUUCCAAAGUAA